UAUUCAUCAAACAUGGAGUAUAAACAGGUCACAGCCUUAAUUCAGUGACUGCAAACUUAAUGCCUGGCUCAUAUUUCUCCUACGUGCAUGUAUCUUAAAAGAGGUAAACCAUCGCCUGUUACUAAUUUAACAACUGACACAACUACUUCUGCAUAGGAUGAAAAUUUUAGUGAAUUUUGUGAAGAAGAUUUUCAACAUUGUCUUUCUGAUCCUGUCUCCAGUUCGUCGACUAAUAUGCCGGCGCCGACGACACUCCGAUACUCCUAUUUUACCCUUGAAUGCCGUUUACAGUGCUCCCCACACAGUCUCCACAUCAUCUUUACCUCCCGAAGGUGAACUCCAGCCUUGGGAAUCAUGGGAAAUGGAAGACCCUGAAUAUAAGUCCAGCAGAAACCGCAACAAAAGCGAGAACGGUGAGCAAGAGCCUGAUAUCGACUUCUUCCAAGACAUGGCACCAAAAAUCAAGAGAACCACUAAAAUCCUGGUCAAGAAGGACAGCAAUGAGAAACUUGAAAAUCCAGCAAACCGUUUAGCGAUGACAUCAGAAUUCCCUGUCACACAAGACACUGAGCUUGGUAUUUGGGAAGAGAAUGGCAAAUGCUGGGAAGAGGCCAGCGAAGACCUGUCCUGGCAAGUGGACGCCACAAUCAAGGAGAAGAAACGAGUUGAGCGGGAAGCACGGCAGCAGGAACAUCUCCGGAAGAAACAAGAAAAGGAACUGGUCCGAGGCCUCAAGAAAGACAGUCCCUUUGCUGCCGUGCGUCUGUCGUGAUCUUCCGCCACCACUGCUGCUGUCAUUAGCCAUCACCAUCACCAUCCAUCCAUCAUCCUCAUCAUCACCAGUGUCAUCGUCAUCAGCCAUUUUAAUCAUCUGCAUCACCGUUGCUGUUAUCGUGUUUGUCUUCUCUUUCCUUGUUGUUGUUGUUGCUGGUACUGCGUGUCCAUAUCUCUUCCUCUCCUACCCACCCACCCACCCAUAUCACCUUCACGAUAUGGGUAGCUGGGUGGGGUGGUAGUAGGUGGGAGUUGCUAGUAGAAUUCCGACCUCUUCCUCCUUGACCCCCACACCCCAGACACUCGCACAUGCAUACACACACACACAGACACACACACAUACACACACACACACACACACACCUGUUGCUUGAUCUUCCAGAUUGCUCUCCUACCACUACCACCACCACCACCACCACCAUCACAGCACCACUACCACCACCAUUAAGGUACCAGUAUUAUUUUGCUUCUUGGACACCGAGCUGACAAGAGAACCGCUAGGUUACUCGGUCAACUAAAUAUAACAGUCAAAUUUUCCUCAAAUUAAUCUCUGACAUCUAAGAAAAGCAUAUUUUGGGUUUCUUGUACAUCUGAAAAAAACAGGAUGGUCAUGACGGGACUGCCUUUGACCUCUAGGUCAGCUCAAUCACAGCUGAGCUAUGAGUCAAUGCCUCAAUAGAUGGUGCCACCUGUCUGUGGGAUUUGUUUGUAUUUCAUUUAUUCUCUCUUUUUGUUGUUUCAUUUACUAAUUCAUUAAUUAAUCAAUUAUUUUACCCCGUUAGCAUUCAGAUUGGUCUGUCAAAUGUAAUGCUUAUUUAUUCACAUGUUUUAAAUUGAUCUUGCAUUAUCUUUAAGAUGACAGUGUGGGGCAGGUGUGAGAAGUUGGAUCUGGCUAGUUUGCACAUGAAGUAGGUAGACUAUCUGGGCUGGAUGUAACUGGCUUAAAUGCUAAAGGUUUAACUUUUUAGCAUUUAGAUUGCUUUCAAAUGUAAAGGAAAGAGUAAAGACACCCUGCGGUCAUGAAUGACCAUGGGAUUGCACCUAGAAAGUUCCCCUCUGAGGCACAUGUCUGGUCAAAUAUUGUUUAUGAGAGGCCAGCAGUUACCCAUACCUACCAGCCUCCCCUCUCCACACCAUAAUAUAUACAUAGGGUAAAGGGUUAAGACCCUCAUCAGUCAUGAAUGAACAUGGGAUUGCACCUAGAAAGUUACCCUCCGAGGCUCAUGUCCGGGCAAUAUUGUUUAUGGAAGGCCAGCAGUCGCCCAUGCAUACCAGCCUCUCCUCUUCAGAGACAUCUCAACUCAUUUUUACAACUGAAUAAAUUGGAGCAAUGUGAAAUAAAGUGUCUUGCUCAAGAACACAACGCACCGCCUGAUCUGUGAAUUGAAUUCUCUAUCUCAUGCCUGUGAGCCUGAUGCUCCAACCACUGAGCCCUGCGCCUUCACUAUCUAAUCCUUAUUUAUUCACAUUGUUUUAAAUUAAUUGUGCAUUAUCUCAGCUUUUUAUUUUUAGAAUGACAUUGUAGGGUAGGUGUGAAAGGCUAGAUCUGGCCUGUUUGCUCAUAAAGACAGGUGGACUGAUAUAGCAGGGUUUAAAUGUUAAAGAGGUGAAGUAAAUAUUUAUUUUUUUUUUUUUUCUUUCGUGAAAGAGGGUUUAGUUUGGUCGGAGUUGUUUUGUGAGAUGGUGCAUCUUUGAAGCUUUAGGAAGUGGUGGGGGAGACAAAACAAACAAAAAGAAAAAUCCUUCAAAUGUUGGCUGGUGGUGAGGUGGGGUAGGGGAAGGGACGUCAGCAAAAAAAACAACAAUAACAACGACGACAACAACAGCAACAACCAUGCAAAAAAAAUAAAACCCAACUGGAAAUGCCAUUAGUUCUCUCCCGCUAUGUUUAGCGGGUUAACAUUUUGAGGUACAGACUGAGACUAACACCUUACUUUUAAACUGAGGUACACGCAUACACAGACACACACACACACACACACACAUGCAAAAGUACACGU